UUCAGAAUUAAAUAAGGAAUUACAUUGCCGUUUAGCACCAUUAAACAAAUACGUAGGUUGGGUUUAAACUUAAAAAAAAAAAAUACAAUAGCAUUAGCUAGCUAUACCUAACAACAUUCUGAUGACGUUUUGAAUUGACAACUUUCAAUAUGGCUGGUGUGGACGUGGAAGAUGAGAGUAUCCUAGCUUCGAUAUUUAAAGACAGCUUUCCAGAUAACUGGAGAGACAACCCCGAUUUCGCAGCUUACUUGUCUGAGCUCAGCUCCUAUGGUGUGGAGAAAUUAAACCGUGAACCGGAGCGGUUGGCAGAGGAGAGGGCACAGAUCCUGCAGCAGACUCGCGAGCUAGCCUUCUCCAACUACAAGACUUUCAUCCGCACAGCGGACUGCACCGAGGAAAUAUACCACGACUUUGGACGGGUGGAAAGCAGUGUCUCGAAACUUCUUGAUAAGCUGCCCAGUUUCGGUGAAAAAUGCCGGGGUUUUGUGAAAGAGGCAGAGGACAUUGGGGCGAGCCGGAGGAUGAACAGUCUGACUCUAAACCGCCACACAGAGAUUCUGGAGAUCUUAGAGAUCCCUCAGCUGAUGGACACGUGCGUUCGGAAUGGCUACUAUGAGGAGGCUCUGGAGCUGGCAGCAUAUGUCAAGAGACUGGAGAAGAAACACUCAUCCUUACCUGUCAUACAGGGCAUCGUUCAUGAGGUGCGUCAGUCUGCCCAGCUCAUGCUGAACCAGCUGUUGCAGCAGCUACGCAGCAACUCUCAGCUUCCUGUGUGCCUGCGUGUGAUUGGCUACUUGCGCAGGAUGGAUGUGUUUACAGAGGCAGAGCUCCGGGUCAAGUUCCUGCAGGCGAGGGGUAGCUGGCUGCGAUCCAUCCUCGCAGCGGUGCCUGAUGAAGACCCCUACUUCCACAUCACCAAAACCAUUGAGGCCUGCCGGGUGCACUUGUUUGACAUCAUCACCCAAUACCGGGCCAUCUUCUCUGACGAAGAUCCCCUGCUGCCUCCAGGUGGUCAGGUCCAGGCGGUGAACGAGGGGGCCAUCUUCCACGGCUGGGUGGUGCAGCAGAUGUCUGAGUUCCUGGAGACCCUGGACAGAGAUCUCCAGAGGGGGGUGGGUGGGCGCCUAGACUCCCUCCUGGGACAGUGCAUGUACUUCGGCUUGUCCUUCAGCCGCGUGGGUGCCGACUUCCGUGGCCAGCUGGCCCCUGUGUUCCAGCGCGUGGCAGCCGACACGUUCCGCAAAGCCGUGGAAGAGGCGGUGGAGAAGUUCCAGGAGGACAUGAACCUUUACACCCUGAUCUCUCUGCCCUCCAUGCUGGGUGGUGGCGGCUCCAUGCCCCCUGUAGCCCCCAGUACCCAGCCUGGCACCCUCCAGCCCCCCAUGGCCCUGCUCGACUUCCCCCCGUUGGCCUGCUUCCUCAACAACAUCCUGACCGCAUUCAAUGACCUCCGGCUCUGCUGCCCCGUCGGACUCGCGCAGCAGGUCACCAAGUACCUCGAGGACGCCCUGCUGAAGGUGACCAAGUUGAUUUUGGUGUUCCACAGGGCUGAGGAGACAGCCUUCAGCAGCCGAGAGAAGGAACUGUUUGUCCAGUUCUGUUGUUCCUUUGCUGAGGACCUGGUGCCAUUCCUCAACCGGUGUCUGCAGGUCCUGUUCCCCCCUGCCCAGCUGGCUCUAAUACUGGGUGUCCCACCAACACAAGUCUGCAGGUAUGGUAGUCUGGGGUGUAUUGACGUGAACUCCGUUCUGGAGCCUCUGGAGUUUGUUCUGCCCAAGAGGGAGAUGAUGGCCCCUGUGGUAGAUGAAGACUUCGGUGCUGAGCUGGAGGGUCUCCCUGCUGAAACCAAAUCAGCGCUUCUCGUUGACAACCUGGAGCUUCCUGUUCCAGAAAACUUAGGGGAGGAGCCUAAACGUGACGAUGCCAUGGUCUCCUCUACCCUAUCUACAGAAUUUGUUUCAGAGUCAGGUUUGACCUCUGACCCAGAACUGGAGGCCAUUUUGAACGACCCCAACCCCGUACUGGGCGAGUUAGAGCAUGAGAGACCAGUAGGCGGCAACAGCCAAGAGGUGGAGGAAGACCCAGAGCUGGAGGCCAUACUGAACCCUCCACAGCCUGUUCUGAAGAAGCAGGAUCCAGAGGGCUCAAAACAGGAGGCAGAGAGCAAACCCUCAGAGGAGUGACAGCUACCCCUCAGGCUGUAACCCUUUCCCCCUCAUCCACACACUGUACUCCUUUCCCCCUAAACAUGAACAGCUCCCUGGUGUUGCCAUGCCUCAUGACCCAGGGAAUGAAACCGGAGGAUUAACCGCUACGUCAGCUUUUAUUCCGUCAUGAACUAUUACUUACUGGAGGGUUGAAUGAUAAUUUAGCUUUUCUUCUGUCACAGGUAAUACUGGGUUAACAUAUUUAAUACAUGUAUAUAUAAAAUU